AUGGCCAUUUUGGUGGAUGUGCUCCUUCUCUUGGCCUGCAUCUGGCACCUCUAUACCAGAGGUGAGGAUGCCCCGGUCUACGGAAAGCCCGUGGUGCCCGAAGGCCAGGACCCCAAGGACUUCGCCAUCCUCGAGCUGGAGGCCGCCUUCGAUGCCAAGAAUGCACCUCGCUAUGCGGGGGCCUUGGAACUGGCAUUGGAGGUGAACGUUGACUCUGGAAGGAUCCCGUGUGUCUACAGCUUGCAAAAGCAACUGGAGACCUUCAAGAUCCCCGUUGUCCAACGAGGUCCCAGUGUCAUCACGGCCCAGCUGUGCUUCAUUCUGGAUUACACCGGCAGCAUGAAGGAGCAGAUCAACCAGGCCGAGAAAAGCUGCAGAGGCAUUGUGGACGCCGUGAAGGCCAUGAAGUUCACUCACAUGCCCGAGGCAUCCGUGGACUUGGAAAUGGCAGCCGUCGGCUACAACGACUGGGAUGACAAGACAGCCAGCUUGAAGAGGCCUGUUGUCUUUGCCUAUGGCGGCAAAGAGAUCAUGAAGCGGCAUGAUCCCAACAUCAGCCUUGACGAGUUCAACUUGGGUGGCAAGUUCACCAAGGACACCGAUGACAUCAUGAAGUGGAUUAAGCAGCCACUUGGAAAUGGUGGCUCCGUCCCAGAGGAGCUUACAGGGGCCUUGAUUGCUGCCAGUCACCUGCCAUGGAGUGCCAAGGAGCGCUUGGCAGUGGUGAUCACUGAUGCCCCGUGCCACGGUAAGGCCUACAGCAACGAUAGCCACGACCCUUUCUGCGACAAGGACACGGGCCUGACAUGCACCGGAAAGCCCGAAGUACCCCUGCUGAAGCUGAAGGAACAGAACGUUCAGGUUGUCAUUCUGCACACGGGGAACGCCGGUGCAGUGAAGAUGUGUCAGAAGCUUCUGCAAACUUCGCCAACUCUGAUCUCUGAGAAGGUGUCACCUUCGCAAACUGCAGACCGCCUCGUGAACGCCAUCAACACCAAGCUUGAGCUGAGUCCCUUGAGCUACGUCCUAAAGCCUUUCACCGGGAGCAAGGGCUUGAGCGACUUGGCGGCGGGCCACGAUGUGGAGCUAAAGAUGGGGAGUGAGACCGCGAAGCAGCGAGUCGGAGCGGAUGGGCUGAUCUGGCUUGGAAAGCCCUCCGCCACGCCCUCGCUCACCGUCUCUCGCCCCGGUAGUGCAGCUUUGGACGAGUGGUGGGAAGCACAGACUGCGGAGCAGGAGCUGUCUCGCAGCUUUGAUGCGGAGCAGGUCUACAUGCUCAAGAUGCCUUGCAAGAAACGGGAGCAGGGCGACGAGGGGAACAUGGUCUGA